AUGGCUUCCAGAUCGCUUCCUAUUGUUGUCGUCAAGCCUAUGCCCAAGGGGACGCCUGAAUAUGAGGCCAACCGCCUUCCUAUACUUGCAGCCCUCUCGAAGAACAUUCCCGAAGAAUGGUAUCUUCCUCAAGAGCUCAUCGACAAUCCUCCAAGAGAUGUGUCGAACAUUCCUAGAACCUGUGGUCUUCUGAACGCCGAAGAGCUUGAGAUUACAGAAAAUUACGAUGCCACAGGCCUAGCAGAAGCCAUUGCGGCGCGAAAAUACACGUCUGUUGCGGUUGUCAAGGCUUUUGUAAAGCGUGCUUCCAUUGCGCACCAGCUUGUCUGCUGCCUAACACAACUCUUCCCCGACGACGCGGUUGAGCAAGCAGCGAAGCUCGAUGAAUAUCUUGCUAAGACUGGCCAGACCGUUGGCCCUCUUCAUGGGGUUCCCAUUAGCAUUAAAGAUCAUAUGCCAAUUGCUGGACACAAAUCCUCUUAUGGCGAGCUAGCCACAACGUACGAUGAUGACAAGGACUGUUUAUUUGUGAAAAUUCUACGCAAAGCCGGCGCUGUCUUUUACUGUAAGACGAAUCAGCCGCAAGCGCUUAUGCACAUGGAGAGCAGCUCUCAUUUUGGCCGGACAUUAAAUCCAUACAACAUCCAGCUAACCUGCGGCGGCUCGUCAGGAGGCGAAGGUGCCUUACUCGGGAUGAAGGCUUCGGUCUUGGGUAUUGGUAGCGACAUUGGUGGUAGUAUCCGCGCACCUGCAGCUUUCAAUGGAGUCUAUGGUUGGAAACCCUCCUCAAACAUGUUGCCCUUUCAGGGCAUGAUCAGGGGUGCGUUUCCAGCCGAAUUGAAUGUGCUCCCUGUCGCUGGCCCACUGGGUCGAAGUCUCCGGGAUAUGAACCUUGUGACAAAAGCUGUUCUCGACGCGGAGCCCUAUCGUGAGGAUCCCAAGCUGUUUCCAACUCCGUGGAAAGGCCUGCAAGCUCCCUUUUCGAGAAAACUCAAGGUUGGAAUUAUCGAGAACGAUGGUUUCAUCGAGCCCCAGCCACCUGUCAAAAGAGCCAUUGCCUGGGUGAGAAAACUUCUGUCAGAUCCCAAGUAUAAAGACUUGGUUGAGGUCAAGGACUUCCAACAGUACAAGGCUGCCGAGGCCUUUGACAAAGCCUUCCGUAUGUUCUUACCUGACGGUGGUGCAGGUGUUCUGGCCAUACUCGAAGCCAGCGGAGAGCCUGUACUACCACUGACUCGCUGGUUUAUCCCAGAAGGUUCUGAAAUGAAAAAUGCUAGCGAGGUUGCGGUCCUCCGGCAAGAGCGAGACGAGUUCCGGACGGAAUAUGCCGCACACUGGAACUCUCAGAAUGUCGACGUGGUCAUCGGGCCCUGCUACGUAGGACCAGCGGCCGAGCACGACACAGCACGCUUCUGGACUUACACAUCAUUCUGGAAUCUGGUCGAUUAUCCCGGUCUCGUGUUUCCAACCCCUAUCAAGGUCGAAGCUGGGGAGAUCUACGCAGAGGAUUAUGAGCCGCUUUCCGACCAAUGUCGCAUUAUCAAGCAAGAGUGGGAAGCCGGUGAAUUUGAACGGGCCCCGAUAACAUUGCAGGUGAACGCCAGAAAGUACCACGACGAUCAACUGUUUUCAGCAAUGGCAAUUCUGAAGGAUAUCCUGAACCUACCGUGA